CCGAACAGGAUAUAAAAGUCGCUGGAGCGGGAUUGCUUACUUAAAAAGGGAGCUGGAGAUAUCCUAGAGUUUAAACAGAAAGCAAAGGGUAGCGUUCAGACUCUAUCACCAGCACCAAAGAACAGUUACAAAUCAGAGACAACUUAAUGAAAGAAAGUUUUUUUUCUUUGAACUUGCUGGUUGAAUUUUGGAUUCGCAAGAAUUGUUUUAUUUUUUAUUUGUGCAAAACUUCACCUGCAACAUAAUUUGCACGGGUAUCCCACUGGAUAGAUUCGCUUUUUAUUUAAAAAUUGCAGAAGGACUAUAUACAGUUUAUAUAGAAAGAAAACGGUUUGCAUUCUUUUUAUUUGUUCGCAUUGUCAGUUGACUUUUUUUUACUUUUUUAUAUAUAAGGACUUUUAAAGGGGGAAAUGAAGUCAUUUUUUAAUAUUUCAUCCGUUUUCGUGGCUAUAUUCUGGGUCUGCACAGUGCACGGCGCCUGGGAGGAAGAUAUUGUGGUACCAGUCCGGGUAGACGGGACUGCCAAUGCCCAGGGUACAGAAGGGGGCAGGCGCACUGUCACCCCGGAGGAAGAGGAGAAAGAGGGACAGAAACGGCUGUACCAGCUGGAUGCUUUUGGAAAACGGCUUAUCCUGGAACUGGAGCCAGACCAGACCUUCGUAGCACCUGGUUUCACGUUUCAGGUCGUUGGAAGCUCUGGUACGGAGAAGCAGAGUAACCCAGACAGCGCCAACUUUGCUCGCUGUUUUUACUCGGGCUCUGUAAACGGAGACUCCGGCUCCGUGGCGGCGCUCGAUCUCUGCAACGGGCUGCGAGGCGGCUUCUACCUCCAAGGUGACGAAUAUUUCAUUCAGCCAAGCAACAGCAGCGGCGCUCACAGCACAGAGGGGGUUGAACCACACCUCAUCCGCCGGAGGAGUCGGGGCUCCCAGUCCGGGGAAAGCGCUUCCAAGUGUGGUGUGAAUGAACAUGAGCAGCGGGUAACUGAGACCCAGACGCCACAGGGACAGCAAGGGACUGUCCAGGAACAAGCAGGCCGCAGCAGGGGUAAGCGGUUUGUGUCAACGCCCCGCUAUGUGGAGACGCUGCUCGUGGCUGACCAGUCCAUGGCUGAGUUCCAUGGCGCUGGGCUGAAGCAGUACCUGCUGACUGUCAUGGCGGUGGCAGCUAAGCUCUACAAGCACCAUAGCAUCCGCAACCCCAUCAGCCUGGCUGUAGUAAAGAUCAUGGUCAUAUACGAGGAGGAGAAGGGCCCUGACGUCUCCUCCAACGCUGCCCUCACCCUCCGCAACUUCUGCAAGUGGCAACGCCAGCACAACCCUCCACACGACCGCCACCCUGAGCACUACGACACCGCUAUCCUCUUUACCAGACAGGACCUGUGUGGCGCCAACACCUGUGACACUCUUGGCAUGGCGGACGUUGGCACGGUGUGUGAACCAGAGCGCAGCUGCUCCAUUAUUGAGGAUGACGGCCUGCAGGCAGCCUUCACUACAGCACACGAGCUGGGCCAUGUGUUUAACAUGCCCCAUGACGAUGCCAAGCACUGUGCCAGUGCCAACGGCCCCAACUGGAGCUCUCACAUGAUGGCGUCCACCCUAUCCAACCUGAAUCGGCAGCAGCCCUGGUCUGCCUGCAGCGCCUACAUGAUCACUUCCUUCCUGGACAAUGGGCAUGGAGAGUGCCUGUUGGACAAGCCUCAGAAGCCUGUGGUCCUGCCCAUGGUGCUGCCCGGGACUCUAUAUGAAGCUGACCGCCAGUGCCAGUUCACUUUCGGAGAGGACUCUCGCCACUGUCCUGACCUCAGCAGCACCUGUACCACACUGUGGUGUACGGGCACCUCCGCGGGCGGCCUGCUAGUCUGCCAGACAAAGCACUUCCCCUGGGCUGACGGAACAUCCUGUGGAGCUGGGAGUUGGUGCGUGGCAGGAGAGUGCGUGAGCAAGAGCGACGCGCCCCUCUACCAGACUCCAGUGAACGGUGGCUGGGGGGCGUGGGGACCCUGGGGAGACUGCUCGCGCACCUGUGGUGGAGGGGUGCAGUACUCCUUCAGAGAAUGUGACAACCCCAUCCCCAAGAACGGAGGAAAGUAUUGCGAGGGCAAGCGAGUGCAGUACCACUCCUGCAACACUAUGGACUGCCCUGACGGCAAUGGCCUUUCAUUUCGUGAAGAGCAAUGCCGGUCCCACACUGACCUCUCCCAGGCCUCCUUUGGGCCCAGCCCAGUCGUGGAGUGGGUCCCCAAAUACGCAGGGGUCUCCCCCAAAGACCGCUGCAAACUUAUGUGUCGCGCCAAGGGGACAGGCUACUUCUUCGUACUGCAGCCCAAGGUUACUGAUGGUACCCCCUGCAGUCCUGACUCCACGUCUGUGUGCGUUCAAGGUCAGUGUGUCAAGGCCGGCUGUGACAGAGUUAUCGGCUCCAACAAGAAGUUUGACAAGUGUGGUGUGUGUGGAGGAGAUGGCUCUACCUGCAAAAAAGUCUCUGGAUCUCUUGACCGAACAAAACCUGGCUAUCAAGAUGUGGUCACAAUCCCUGCAGGGGCCACCAACCUUGAUGUGAAGCAGAGAAUCCAGGCAGGCUCGAAACAUGAUGGGAGCUACCUGGCCAUUAAGACACAGGAUGGCUCGUAUGUGCUGAAUGGGGAGUACACCCUGUCCACACUGGAGCAGGACAUCUCCUUCAAGGGCUCCCUCCUGCGCUAUAGCGGUUCCUCUGCCUCCCUGGAGCGCAUUCGCAGCUUUGGGCCGCUUGCUGAACCCCUCACCAUCCAGGUGCUGUCGGUUGGCGACUCUUACCGGCCUCGCAUCAAGUAUUCGUACUUUACGAAACGGCCCAUCGCCACCAAGAGAAAAAGCUUCAACGCCAUCCAGGAGGCGGGUGGCUCUGAGUGGGUGAUCCGCGAGUGGGGCAGCUGCUCUCGGACCUGCGGAGGGGGUGUGCAGAGGAGAGUGGUAGACUGUCAGGACUACAGAGGUGAGCUGACCUCGGAGUGCCCCGCUGAGCUGCGACCAGCUGACACCCGGCCCUGCGCCGACACAGACUGCCCGCACUGGCUGCUGGGAGACUGGUCUGCCUGCUCCAAGACCUGCGGUCGCGGCUUCAGGAAGCGUCUGCUCAAGUGUGUGGGGGCCGAUGGCAGACCUGUUCCACAGGAGAAUUGCGAUCUGGGGCAGAGACCGAGGCCACUCCUUGACCUCUGUCACAUGACUAACUGUCACUAAACAUGCAGAGAGGCUGGAAAGGAGGAUCAAUGUCUCAAAAAGAUGAGGGAGAGGGACAUUGCUAAACAGACUCUCAAACCAGAAUGCACUGAAAAGCACAGGACUUUAAAUCAUUCGGGAAACAAACUCUCACCUAGGAUAGGCAAGGGAGGGCCUCCAAGCCUUGCCCUUCAGGUGUCUUGCGAUAAGUCGCAAGCUGUGGGCAUUCUAGUUUUUGUGUUGAUUCAUAAGGAAAUGGAAAAUAUAUCUAUUUUAAUAAGCUCUUCAGGGUGCCAAGCUGCUGUGCAUAUAUUUUAUUUUAGAGCUGUGCAGAUCGAUUUGCAUUAAAUGCAAACCUUGGUGAAUUGACAACAUUGUAAAAAUCUUAAUGUGCUUCCAGUAGCCUAAAUCUCAAUCUGAUUUAAAAGACAAAGUAAAUUUAUUCUAAACCCUAUAGUCUAUUAAAAAUACAAGCAAACCCAGUAGAAUUAUUGGAAAUCUGCACAGCUUCAAGACAGAUAUAUCUCACCACACUGGGGGUGGGGCGGGGGUAUUAUUGAAAUAGAUCAAGACACUGAUCUAUUCUAAUAUAUCAUGCUAGCCCUAAAGCACUCCCAACCUACCUCGGCACUGAAGGGCAAUCUUCUUAUAUCUAUCUGCUUUAACACCAGUUCAAAAAUAUAUUUUAUACAAGCUGCUGUUGGGUUUUAAAAACAAAACUGAAAAAAAGAUUUAAAAUAAAAAUGUAAUGGGGUCCCUGAGUGGUUCAUCCUGGUAAAAGCACAGCUGCAUGGUGUGCAGGGGGAGUCAUACAGAGCAGUUUCGCGUCCUGGCUGUGCGAAGUAGGCCGGUCUUCACUGGGGACUCUGACGGGAGGGUUGCAUUGGCUCUGGCACUCCUGUGGGUUAGGGAGGCAAAACCGGCAGGGACUGUUUCUCCUCAUCAUGCUACAGCGAACCCUGCUGGCCAGGUGCCCAGUGAGCUCAGAGCAGACACCUGCAGGGCUGGCCUUUGUCCUCCAGAGGUCAGUAGCUCGCUGACAUCUGCUCUCGUUCCUGAGUGAAAAAGGAAGCUGGCUUGGUCGUGAGUUCUGGGGACACCUACUGAACCUCCUGGUCUCCUGAGCUGUGUGGGGAAUUGCUGCGGUGAGGGCAAAGGUGAUUGGGCAUUCCAAAUUGGGAGAAAAUCGGGGUUGGGGAAUAAUCGGACACACUAAAUAAAAAAAAAUAAUAAUAAAAAAUGUAAAGCCAUAUUCUUUAUUUGCCAAGUAAAAAGGAGAAAUUGGAGAAAAUAAUAUAUUUAGAUGUAUGUAUUGACCGAAAAAGGGUUUUCUGCUGGGAUGCAAGGCGGGAUCCACUCCUUUCAAUUGUGUGGACGUUUGGAAUGUCCUGGAUUUGCAUCCUUGCAGUGGUAGAACAAACCCUUCUUUGCAACCUGUGGCUUUGCCGAAAUGAUUUGGUCAUUCACAUCUCCAUUUAAUAGCUGUGUUUUUCCUCAUUUGGAAACUGCUUUUCAUGAAUUAUUUUGUAACAGUAUUGUUACCACAUUUUGAGAAUUCGGGCAUCAUUGGGCACAGCCUUAAACAUUUAUUUUUAAAGAUGCAUCAUGGGAACUGUGGUUUUUCGACAUGUAAACCAUGUUGUACAUAGUUGACUGUUUUAAUUGACAAUUGGGUUAUAGGGUACAGUGUUUUUUCUAUUUAAUGUUUUCUUUGUAACUGUCCAGUUUCCCCCCUGGUGUGGGAGCAUGGCUGUAUAAAUGUGUAAAAUGAUACCUGGGAUUUGUAAACCAGCCUUCUACUUUAUAAGUAUGUUUUGAAUUGAGUUCCUUCUGAGAAGGAAUUUUGUUUUCUUGUAAAGAUAUUACAAACAUUAUUUAUUUUUGUACAGCUUGUAUAAUAUAAUCUUUAAGUUAUCACUUUUUUUUUUUUAAAGAACAGAAGGACGUACACAGUAUAUAGAGUAUUUAUACAGUAUUAUAUAUAUAUAUGAUGCUAGAUUUAUUAAUAAAAUAAACACAGUGACAUUUGAA